AUGGUCGCCGCCGUCUGGAGAAACGAUGACCUCGGUGACCUUCCCGCGCUCGCGACGCCGCAGCAGCAGCUCGCCGGCAACAGCCUCCCCGAGCUCGCGACGCCGCAGCAGCUUUCCGGCGCCCGAGCCGCCGCAGCAGCUUGCCGCAGCUUUUCCGCGCCCGAGUCGCUGCAGGAGCAGCUCGCCGGCGACGGCCGCCCCGCGGCCUCCCCUCGCUUGCGACGCCGCAGCAGCUUUUCCGCGCCCGAGUCGCUGCACCAGCAGCUCGCCGGCGACGGCCGCCCCGCGCCCAAGUCGCCGCAGCAGAAGCUCGCCGGUGACGGCCGCCCCGCGGCCUCCCCUCGCUUGCGACGCCGCAACAGCUUUUCCGCGCCCGAGUCGCUGCAGCAGCAGCUCGCCGGCGACGGCCGCCCCGCGCCCAAGUCGCCGCAGCAGAAGCUCGCCGGUGACGGCCGCCCCGCGCUCACGACGCCGCCGCAGCUCGCCGGCGACGGCCGCCCCUCGCUCGCGACGCCGCAGCAGCUUUCCGGGGACGGCCUCCCCGCGCCCGAGUCGCCGCAGCAGCAGCUCGCCGGCGACGGCCGCCCCGCGCCCAAGUCGCCGCAGCAGAAGCUCGCCGGUGACGGCCGCCCCGCGGCCUCCCCUCGCUUGCGACGCCGCAACAGCUUUUCCGCGCCCGAGUCGCUGCAGCAGCAGCUCGCCGGCGACGGCCGCCCCGCGCCCAAGUCGCCGCAGCAGAAGCUCGCCGGUGACGGCCGCCCCGCGCUCACGACGCCGCCGCAGCUCGCCGGCAACGGCCGCCCCUCGCUCGCGACGCCGCAGCAGCUUUCCGGGGACGGCCUCCCCGCGCCCGAGUCGCCGCAGCAGCAGCUCGCCGGCGACGGCCUCCCCGCACCCGCGAUGCUGCACCAGCUCACCGGCGACUGCCUCCCCGAGCUGGUCGCGGUUCCGCCGGAGCGCGCUGCUAGCUCUCCUCACGGGGCAAGAAGAGAAUAG